AUGGAAUGUCUCUUUGGCUUUGUGGGUAAAGACUUUGUAUUGACCGUGGCAGAUGCUACUUCCAUACAGUCAAUCUUGGUCAUGAAAAAUACGGAAGAUAAAUCACGAGAUCUUAACAAACACGUUUUAAUGUUGUAUUCUGGAGAGCCGGGAGAUACCGUUCAAUUUGCCGAAUACAUUCAGAGAAAUGUGAGGUUUUAUGAAAUUAAGAAUGGCAUCGAGUUGUCUCCGCAGGCUGCCUCAAAAUUUACAAGGCGCCAGUUGGCAGAAAGCAUGCGAAGUCGGAAACCAUACGCGGUGAACCUUCUCAUUGCUGGGUAUGACGUAAAAACUGAAUCCGGUCGUCUUUACUGGAUCGACUACCUUGGUUCAUUGGUUGAAUUGCCCUUCGCGGCACAUGGAUAUGGCAUGUUCUUCGUGAUGUCACUCUUUGAUAGAUAUUAUUAUCCGCAAAUCCCACUUGACGAGGCUAAAGUUUUGGUUAAAAAGUGUAUAGACGAGUUGAAGACUCGGUUUUUAGUUAAUAUGGCGAAUUUUAAGGUCAAAAUAUCUAAUAAGGAUGGUAUUCAAGAAAUUAAACUUGAUGAAUAG